AUGGGAAAUGCAGAAACCCAAUCCCGCCCGAACGGCAAACCCGCGAACAAAUUCGCAAUAUACUUACGCGUCCUGCGUCUUCGUCCGGACUCCCGUGCACAGAAUUUUUAUGGGAUUUUACCGGUUUCUCCUUUGCUCAUUAUUCUAGAAUUUAGGUUCGUCGGAGCUUUCCCCAGCAACCUUGCUGCAUACUUUUUAUGCAGAUGCUGUACAAUUAAUGUUUCUCUCCUCUCUUCCAGUUCACAUGUGUUUUCAGAUCAAGAUUCUCUGCAAAGAAGUGGUGAACAUUAUGAUGGUGGUGUGAAGCCAAAACUGAAUGUAAAUCAAAUAUCAGUUACACAGGUUGUCAGCUACAACUUGAGCAGGAAAGGACAGUGGGAAAAAGCAGCCAUCCACAGCUAUUACAGCCCUCUCAACGUCACGGUCAAUGGCAUCCCCUGCAUUCUGUUCUGGGCCAAGAGAAUCAUGAUUAAGUUUGAAAACCACACGCAGCUGGAUUUGACAGAGAAGACUUUUGGUGUCCAUGCAACAGUGGAUGUUGGAGAGUCAAGCUGCAGUGAAGACAAUGCAGUGCUUUCUCUGAACUUUGGUGACAUUGGCAAUCUAAAGGGACUUGUUAUCCGAUUCUUAUUAACAACCAGCUAUUACCAGCUGUCUGUUCAGAACCAGUUCAGCUUACGCAGACUGCAGCUUCUUUACAACCAUUCCAUACAAGCGACGUUUAAUGCAACCAGAAUAUAUGCACCAGCAAGUUACUCCUACCACUGUGAACAUGUGAGCAGCUUGCAGAGAUAUGAUGCACUUCUCAUACCCAGCUCUGCAAAUGAUCUUUCAAAGCUUUGGGAAGUCACUUUUAUUGGUUUCCAGAUUCAAGGUUUUAACAUUCAAGAAGGACACUUUGGCUAUGCAAAAGACUGUGCGUCCUUUUUCUCUCCAGCAAUACUUAUGGGAUUGGUUAUGUCGCUCAUUCUGCUGCUAGUUCUUGCCUACGCUCUUCAUAUGUUGAUCCACCUGAAGUCUCUUGACAGGCACUAUGAAUGCAAAGCUUCUCCUGCCUAUUUUCCACAGAUGAAAGACAAUGACAUGGGAGAUGAGAAAGAGCCACUGAGAAGCAAUGGAAAUGAGUCCUAUGAACUCAGAAACCAAAAGAUCUGCAAAAUCUACAUUUAGCAGUGCACAUUUAUCUGUCACAGUGAAAUAAAUGGUAUUUUCUUCUGCUGGUGCUGUUGUAUGUAGUUUGUUCAUAUUUUUCACCAACUGAUGAAUAAAGUAGCUAACAGACUGUUUAGCUGGUUACUGUCUGAUAUUUAUUGAUACCCAUCUCAAAGAUGCCUUGGGAAACAAGAUGAGUGAAAAAAAAAUCCAUUGUGAGUAAGAGAUCUCAGGUAAUGGAACUUUAUCCCUCUCGUACAGGACCAAAAUAUGUAUCUUUCUGUCCAGCUUACCAAAUCUUGAAGACAGAAGAAUCUGUAAUGGAGACUUUGAAAUUGAAUAAAGGUACAAAAAGGAAAACAAAACAAAGUAAAAAGAACACCCCUCCCCCAAAAAA